UGAACUCCGGCGGAAUUCUAUUUUUUUAUGAAUGGGCGCUCCGCCGUGAAUGAACAGCGCAGCCCUGCCGUGUGAUUGGUCCGCCAGGGUGGAAGCCACGCCCACUCCUCAAUGGGUGACGGCCGAGGCGAGCGCUGAUUGGCGGGCGUGCCCCGACUCGGAGCUUCAUUCACAAAUUCGAUCAAACAAAGGAGUGGGCGAGCCGGGGCCGUGAGCGCGGGGCCAAUGGGCCGGUACCGGGCCCGGUCCCGGUUCCGCGGAGCGCGCUCGGGGCGGCUCCGCCGGGGGAUCCGCGUGGGCCGGGGCUGAGAGGCGGUUCCGGACGGGACCCGAGCCGAGCUGGGCUCCUGUCCCGGGGCUCGUCCCGGCCGGGGCCGGCGGGCUCGGUCCCGCCUCGCAUUCCAAGUUUCGGCGGCUGCGACGCGGUCGCCGCCUCUCCCGGGUCGCGGUCCUGCCGCUGCUGCGGAUCCCGGGCCCGGUUCGGUUCCCCUCCCCCGGUACCCCCCAGAUGCCCGAGGAGGAUGAAGGGGUACCUGGACCAGCAGGUGCCGUUCACUUUCCCGCAGCAGCCCCCGGGCCCGGCGCUGCCCGCGGGCCGAGCCGUGCUGGGCGCUGCGAGGACUCCCGGGGAGCCGGAGCAGGACUCGGAAGCAGCGGCUCCUCUCCCCGCAGAGCUCUUCCAGGACCUGCGGCAGCUCCAGGAGACGUGGCUGACGGAAGCUCAGGUUCCAGACAAUGAUGAGCAAUUUGUGCCUGACUUCCACUCAGAAAACUUAGCUUUUCACAGUCCCUCUGCUAAGAUCAAGAAGGAGCCCCAGAGCCCCUCGGAGCUGUCCUGCAGCCACGAGCAGCCACUCCAGCACAAGGAGCAGUGCCUUUAUGCCAGUGCCUAUGACCAGCCCAGACAGUCCCCCAGCCCUGCAGUCCUGAUCCAGCCAGCACUGCAGCAGUUCCCCAGGCAGGACAGGAGCUUCCUGAGCCCUGCAGGGCCACCCCACUCCAGAUCCAGCUGUGGGUUCCUCCGUGAGAGCAGCUCUGCCUACCAGCCAGCUCUGGAGAUGUGCCAUUCCUUCCCACCCUCCCAGGAAGACCCCACUGCCUACCAGUGCCAGCUGCCCAAGCCCUGCCUCCAGUACCCUCGCCAGGGCUUCAAGCAGGAGCAGCAGGACCCCCAGUACGAGCCAGCAGCCCAGGCAGGCAGCAGGCAGCAGCUCCCAGCAGCUGUGCUGGUCAAGCAGGAGCAGGUGGAUUACCUGUAUGACCCAGAUGUUCCUGACUGUCCUUCCAUGUACCUAAAUGCUGAGAGUUACCCAAGCCACUCAAAUACAGAAGAUCCAUUAGGUUGCAGCUAUGACAAGCAGAUGAGGUCCUUUGCUGAUGAUGUCUGUGUUGUUCCAGAGAAAUUUGAAGCAGGAGACAUCAAGCAGGAAGGUGGAGGGUACCGGGAAGGACCCCCCUACCAGAGACGGGGCUCGCUCCAGCUCUGGCAGUUCCUCGUGGCUCUCCUGGACAACCCCACCAACUCCCACUUCAUUGCCUGGACUGGGAGAGGAAUGGAGUUCAAGCUCAUUGAGCCAGAGGAGGUGGCCAGGCUGUGGGGGAUCCAGAAGAACCGUCCAGCCAUGAACUACGACAAGCUGAGCCGCUCGCUGCGCUACUACUACGAGAAGGGCAUCAUGCAGAAGGUGGCUGGGGAGCGCUACGUGUACAAGUUUGUGUGCGAGCCUGAGGCUCUGUUCUCCGCGGCCUUCCCCGAGCAGCCGCGGCCGGCGCUGCAGGCGGAGCUGGAGCUCAGCGAGGAGGACACGCUGCCCCUGUGCCACCUGGGUGACAGCGGCUCCUGCCUGCCGGAGCUCGGCAGCUUCCCUCCGCAGCCCUACGGCAAAGGCUACGCCUGCUAGCACUGCUGCGAGCGCCGUGCUUGUGUGCAGAGCUGAACGCUCGCUGCUCAGCUGCUGGCAGCGUUUGCUCGGGCCAGCGCUGAGCUCUGCAGCCCUGCUUUGGCCAGGACGAGUGUGGAAAAUCACCUGGCGGCAGACAGGGCUCUGGUGUGCGUGUGAUAAAAGUCUUGCUGUGUCGGGAUGGGGCGCGUUCUCAGCUGGGCACAGAGCUCAGGGGAUCGGUGCCUCCGGCUGCACCAAACCCCUCACAGUCCCCUCACGGCACAGGGAGGGCAUGCUGUGCCACCAGGGCUGUUCUCAUGC